GCAGAGAAGGGCUUGUUGCUCGUCCGGCUUCAACGCUGAGUUACAGAAAAAGGGAAAUAAAGCUUCUUCUUUCGUGGAAUUAACUUUAUGUUUUAAAUUAAGUUUUUUUUUUUUUUUUUUUUUUUUUUAAAGAAAAAACAGACGAGUCGCCUUAAUUGACUACACUGUUUUAUUGUUAUAGCUUCUGUUUUUGAAGCGCCGCGAGCCCCGCCGCUCGGAGACGCCGGGACGCAGCGCUGUUGAAAGGGAGCCCCCGUGUUGGCAUGGGCCUGGAGCAGACAGCGGCAAGCAGGGAAUGACCGCAGUUUGCAGCAGCACCGCCACUGCCGCCGCCUUCAGAUAACGCCUAACCUGGAGCAGCUCCGCCGCUGCAUUCCAUGCUCCUGCGCUGGGCUUAGGAGAGGCUGAAAGGAGCUACAGGACUCGGGUGAGCGAGAUCGCGGACGGAAAGUGCCUUGUCAGACCGCGUCCCUGCUUGAAGCUGCUCCCGGGCCUUUCCUGAUACCUCAAGUGCAGCUCCACGGCCGAAAGACGGAAGCGCCCACAGAAGCACAGAGGGAAAGAAAGGGCUUAAUCCAUACCAGCAAGUCUCACGCAUAUUAUUAAUAUUAAUAUUGUACCACGGGCUGCCGUAGCCUAGUCGCAGCAGGAGCUCAAGUGUCCGCCGCUGGAAAGACGAGAAAGACGAGGGCGCCCGGUUGCUCGGUCAACGUUCAGGCCAAGGCAUCUCUGAUCAUGUCCUUUCGUGCUGUCAGAGGCCUGCUGCUGGAACACGCCAAUUGAUGAGUGACUGCUCACUGAUACAUAGCGCUCUCUGUCCCCGCACCCCCACCACGCCGCUGCUUCGUGGGCGUUUCGCCGAGCUCCCUGUUUCUGAUAUUUUUUGGGAAGGAACAACUGAAAGAACAGACAAAGAAGAACGGGACGGCCUGAGCCGAAGUUUCUGACCGCGUCGUGAGCCCUCAUGCGUGCCGCUUUCAGGCGUGCUUUUUGAGCCAGCAGAAACACACACCCGCGCUCGGUCCCCUCCCAACCCUUAGGGCUUCCCCCGAAACACUUUUGAUAUGGCUUUAAAUAUCGCUUCGAUAAGAGACACGAAAUGGCUGACCCUGGAAGUGUGCCGGCAGUUUCAGAGGGGGACGUGUUCUCGGAGUGACGAGGAAUGCAAAUUUGCACACCCACCCAAGAGCUGCCAGGUGGAAAACGGAAGAGUUAUUGCCUGCUUCGACUCCCUAAAGGGUCGAUGCACGAGAGAGAACUGCAAAUACCUUCACCCACCAGCACACUUAAAGACCCAGCUAGAAAUAAACGGGCGCAACAACCUCAUCCAGCAGAAGACGGCGGCUGCAAUGCUGGCACAGCAGAUGCAGUUCAUGCUGCCAGGCACGACCAUGCAGCCUGUCCCCACAUUUCCUGUAACCCAAGGUCUAGGAACAAGCCCAGGCAUUAGCUAUACCCCGUACCUGACCCCUAUGACCCACGGAAUGGGCCUUGUUCCAACGGAGAUGCUGCCCACCACCCCAGUGAUCGUCCCCGGAAGCCCACCCGUCACGGUGCAGGGCUCCUCCUCCACACAGAAGCUGCUGAGGGCUGACAAACUCGAGGUGUGUCGGGAGUUCCAGCGGGGCAACUGUGCACGGGGAGAGACGGACUGCCGAUUUGCACACCCCAGCGACAGCCCCAUGAUCGACACGAGCGACAACACAGUCACCGUCUGCAUGGACUACAUCAAGAGCCGCUGCUCACGGGAGAAGUGCAAGUACUUCCACCCACCAGCGCACCUGCAGGCCAAGAUCAAGGCCGCCCAGCACCAGGCCAGCCAGAAUGCCGUGGCUGCGCAGGCCGCCGCCGCUGCCGCCAUGACUCAGUCGACUGCCAAAGCAAUGAAGCGACCCCUCGAGGCAACUGUAGAUCUGGCCUUCCCGCACGGUGUCCUGCAGCCCCUACCAAAGAGGCCUGCCCUGGAGAAGAGCAAUGGCGCCAGCGCACUCUUCAACCCCAGCGUUUUGCACUACCAACAGGCCCUGGCCAGCACACAGCUCCAGCAACCCGCCACCUUCUUUCCCACAGAUCAUCCUGAAGUAACCAACAGGAAAGGAGUGGAGUAUCCGGAUGCUGCAGUAAGAAGCCCAAAACAGCUCUUCUGUAAAUACUACGUUCCAUCUCCAUUAGAACUUCAGCAAACUGCAUGCUAAGAGUAUAACAAUUAAGGAUGAAUCAUUAACUAUAACAUUGAGUGCUGUUGUAAUAUAUACAAAAAUAUGUAUAUGUAUUGCUAGGAAAAAUAUUGACAUGUAAAUGACACAAUCAAAAAAAAAGAUGUACAUACACUAAAUAGAUGAAAUUUCAUUUAAGUGAUUGUUUGCAGAUGUUCUGUAAGUACGAUAUGGGUUACUUUUCCUUCUGGAUAUGAUUUUUAAAACUCUGCACAAAGUUCACCCCUGAAAAACACCUGAUUUGCACUGUCGGAAAAGAAAAAGCGCUUGCUGUUAAGCACCGGAUUGUUUGAAACGGGAGAAGAACGAAAGAACGGCCCCUGGUGGAGAUGUCCCAGACCUUUGUUCAUUGCACUUGGCGUGAGUCAAGCUCAGAGGAUUGCUUACUUUUUAAAAACCAGUUGCUUCAAAACUCGAAUGUCAUAGAUAUUCUGGUAUGUGUCUGGCGGUUGGCUGCUUCAUCAGUGUCAACGCUCCCCCUCCUGACUCCCCGUCGCUCCCGUGAGACAGAAGGUGUCUUGGGGUACGCCUGCUCGGCGGUGCUGCGCUACAGCUGGCAGCCACUGGAAGGCGCACUGCCAGACACGAGCAUUGUGACGAAGGAACAAAUCACUAUUUUGGCCUAUGUCCCAGCUCUAGAAGAGCAAAUACAUGAGCCAAAAACAUGUAUUUGUGUAUAUUUAUUUAUAGAACUGCUCAUUUUUGUUUAGCUUUAGAGGAGGCAAUGGUAUUUUAGCCAGCAGCCAUCCGGCAGCAGAUUGCCUCCAGUACAGUGCCAAGGGCCUUGCCAGGCCCAGAGCACCGCCAUCAAUGUCUGCAGGAAGGCCGGAUUCGAAACGCCGUGAACCAGCAGACUUGAGGCACCAGUGUGUGGCGAGCAGUCGCCGGUGCAGCCGCCCUGCAGAAGGGCCCGGUCAUGGUCAAGGGUGGGUGGGACGCCACGGAGGGGAGGCCAGCGAUGUAAACUAAAGGCCUGACUCAACCAGAGGUGCGUUGCACGAGUCUUACCGAACACUCACGUCCGGGGCCGUUGGGUCCGAGGUGUCGACGACUCUAGAGUCACUGCUGUGCUCCCUUUGAUAAUCCCGCUUCGUUUGACAAAAAGCGUAGAAGUGCCUAAAACAUUUCACAUAACAAGCAUGUCGAGAAGACGAUUUCCCAAGAAUGUGUGGAAGUGAGCGCAAAGGAUUGUCCCAAAUAUCGUAAGGUUGAAUAAAAGGAACAGUGUACAGCACACGUCACACUUUUUUCAGUUUCUCAGUGUUAAGGUACACUGGUUGACCUUCGAGUUCACUACCAAGACAACAGUACUACUUACAGCUUUCAAUAAGAAACGAAUCAAGGCAACUUGGGCCGAAUGUUCCACGUUCCUUCAAGAUGUAACGUGUGCUUGGAAGUAGUUUACAUUGCAUAAAUGACUGAUAAUGAGUGCGAGUGCAGGAAAUGUAUAGUUAUGCAUUCAAUGUUUGUAACACAUUUUGUCUGUUAAGGUUUAAACUGUCAUUGCAAUGUAUUCAGAAUGAACGUAGCCUAUUUGUGUAUUGACCAUCGAGACACUUCAUUUCAGCGUAUCACAAAUAAGUCUGUUUGAAUGAUCUGGCAUAGUCUCACAUGUAAUUACAUUGUGUAGUUCAACUACCAUAUUAUCACCUAAUAUAUUUUGUAAAUCUUUGGAAGUGUAUUUUAAUUUUACAUCACAUUCAGUGCUGUUUAAGACUAAUAACUGCAUACAGCCUUUAUAUUCCCUGUUUUCUUUUCUCGGAGUGUGUGUAUAUGUAGAAGAUCCUAUGAGAAUCAUGAUAUAUUUUCAUGGUGCUUAAUUAACACAGACAAUCCACGGUGAGACUCCCUUAGUUCAGCAUGAAUAAGGCACUAUCCU